AUGGACCAGACCCUGGGAAUCAGGGCACUCCAGCCGCAGGGAGGCUUGCCAGAUGUGCGCUCUCUUGGCGAAAAGGCUAAUGGACACCUCUUGCUUUCUUCCAGCAUGGUGCCCACAGUGGCCUUUGGCCUCCUCCUCUGCCUGCCCUUUGGAAUUGGCCAGAGCCCGCCCACCUGCAAAGGGGCCUACGACUGCCCCAAGGCCAACCAGGAAGUCUACACCAAAGUAAAGGACGUGACGGAGAUCCCAAAGACCGCCAGCGCCAUCAUCACCGAAAUGAUCUUUGUGGAAACCAGCGUGACACAGAUCAAGGACGGAGCCUUCCGCAACAUGCCCGGCCUGCAGAAAGUCCUCUUCAUCGGCAACAAGAUCAAAACCGUAGAGGUGGGGGCCUUUGAUAACUUGGAGAAACUGGAUGAGCUGGAGAUCACGGGGGCCGAGCUGGGCGACCUCCCUGUGGGCAUCUUCCGGUCUCUUCCUCGCUUGCAGAAGCUGAAUCUACGGGACUCUCAGGUCAAGGGCCUCCAGAAAGGACUCUUUGAGGAUCUCGGGGUCCUGGAGGAGAUCUACCUUCAUUUGAACCUGAUUUCUUCUCUCCCCGAAGGCGUCUUUGAUGGGCUCUCCAACCUGACCUAUUUGCACCUGGCCAAGAACAAGAUCGCUGCCAUCCCAGAGGACGUCUUCAAGGAACUUUCUCGGCUGAAGAUCCUCCGGCUGUAUGAGAACGAGAUCGGAGACCUCCCAGAGGGGAGCCUGGACAGCCAGCAGGACCUGACGGAGCUCGCUCUGUACAAGAACAAGAUCCGCACGCUGCCUCCCAGGGUGCUGAGGAACAAGCCCAACCUGGAGAAGCUUCUCCUGGAGCACAACCUCUUGGAGACCCUCCCGGAUGAGGCCUUCUUUGGACUGAGGAAGCUGAAGCAGCUGACCCUGGCUUCCAACCGGCUGAAAGGUCUCCCUGGCCGGCUCUUUGGGGAGAUGCCUUUGCUCACCCAGCUGGACCUGAGCAAGAACGCUUUGCAGGCUCUUCCAGCGGGGGUCUUUGCCAACCUCACGGGGCUCACAAAGCUCACCUUGUCCCAGAACCAGCUGGCAGGCCUCCCUCUCGGUGUUUUAACAGGCCUCCACAAACUCUCUGAGCUCAACGUGGAGGCAAACAAGCUCUCGUCUCUGGAGGGUCUCCUUCCACCUUCCCUCCCGGGGCUGAAGACCCUGAGGCUUCGCCUGAACCAGCUUCAGACCAUCCCUCCGGGCCUCUUUGACAGCUUCACGAAGCUCACCUCCGUCUAUCUUGGGGAGAAUCCGUGGAGGUGUGACUGCCUCCUUCUCUAUCUCCACCGGUGGAUGAGCAGCAAUCCCAAAAAAGUCAAGGACGCCGCAAAGGUCACGUGCGGAAGCCCCCAGGAUCUGCUGGGCCAAGCAGUCAGCUCCUUGGCAGAGGAUCAGCUGGUUUGCCCAACAACUGUGCCCAGUCCAAGCACCGCUCUGCCCACAACCACUUUCCCUCCUCCUGUCACAACAAGGGAAAGCACAACACUCCCCCCACCUCCUACAAAAGCCGCUGUUGCUGCAACCACCACCGUUUCUGAGCCUGCCACCACCACAAAUGCAGCCACCACAACCCUCAGAACCACAGAGGCUCUGACCUCAACUCCUCAAAUCACCACGGAAACCUCACAGAUCAUGACCACCAGCGGGACAUCCUCUGAAAUCACCAGCACAGGGGCUCCAACGACAACUCCUCACAUCUCCACCAUCACCACUCCAAGUCCCACCUCAGCCGAGACAAGCCCUGAAAUUGCCACCACCGCAGAGAUCUCAAGCACAACCUCUGUGUCCAUCACAACCCUGGCCACAAGCCCUCAGGCGGCCACAACCACCGCUCACCUGCCACCCACAACCAUCCAGAUCACAACGACCACAAAGGUUCAGACCACGCUCCCUGGAAUGACCAGUGUCAGGACUGUGGCUACCACAGCUGGCUUCACAACUGGGAUGUCACACGCCACCCCUUCUGGUGCCACCACAACCGCUCAGAUCUCCACAACCCUCGCCAGGACAACCACCGCAACUUCUGAUGCCUCCACAAGCAGCCCUGGUACAUCGGCCACCACACCUGUGCUUCCUGUGACAACCAGCAAGGCAGUCGCCACCACACCUUCACCGCUUGAGACCACCCCUAUGGAGACAUUCUCUUCCGUGGCAGCUUCCACAAUGUGCCUUGACAAUGCCAAUCUUCCAGGCGGAUGCAGGUCUGGGUCUUUGUCUCCAGAACCUACAACCAAGCUGGACCCGACUACACCUCCUGGGACUCCCCUGCCCCGCACCUCUGCUGUGACACAGGCUCACCUGACGACCUCUCCAGCUGCUGCCAGCUGCAUCUUUUGCUCCUCGGCUGUCACGCCAGCCAGGGCUUCCCUUCCUCCGAGCCCAAGGCCACCCAGCCACCCUCAGCCCCCGUCCCAGAAAAUCCAGGCCUGGGGGUCUUCGCUGAGUUCCAACUACCAUUACUGCAAGCUGUCUGCGAUGAUGUAUUUGUCCAUGCUGUGUCUUGAAAUCUGCUGCACCGUUGCCUUGGCCAGGUGUGUGCAUGCCCUGCACAGAGCCACACGCUCCGUGGACUCACCAACUGUGCCGGUCAAGCUGGUGAAGGUGAAGCCCAGAAGGAUGAAGCUUUGAUGGUGUUGGGCCACAGGAGAGCCCUUCAUGGGAUGCUAGAAUCGUAGG